CAUGCUUUGCCUGCAUGAUUCCCUCUUUGUUGGAAUCCUAGGAGAAUCCUAUUGGAGGCUGCCAGGAGACACAGCGAUUGGAAUGGAGUUCCACCCUCCGCAUCCAGUCGCUGUGUCUCCUGAGAGUUCCUCACAGGAAGCUGGUGAAGGGAACAGCAAACAGCACUACAGUCAAGCGUUUCAUAACCAAUGCUUUCAACUCUAUUACAUACUUUCAACUGUGCCUCGCUUUUUAAAAAUGUAAUAGAAUGGUUUUUCACAUACACGUCACUUCCUGUGCUGUAGGUCACGGGGUGCGAUCGCAGUAACACAGACAGGAAAUGCAUCAGGUGGCACUGCGGCUGUUAACCCAGACCUGCAAAGUGAUAUUUCAGGUUCGACGUUAUUAUAAUACGUGUAGAAAUCUCAGCAUGCACAGAGUAUGCGCUUCCCUACGCAGUUAACACCGUGCAAAGCGGCGUGCCUACGCGCACGCACACACACACGUGACACGCAGCGUCAGCGGGAGAAACUAGUAUCCAAGGCAACGGACCGCAACACUGAAACUUGUCGCCGCUGAUGCAUUAUUAACCGCUUUACCUGUGUUAAAUAUUAACUUCUACUGUAAGCAGGAUGUCUCUGCCGAGGCCGGGCACAGAGCCGCGGUUCUGCUCCGCGAUGAGGGCGACGGGGCACGCGGAGGUGUUGCACGACUCGGACGACAGCGUCAAGUUCCAGCAGUACGGCUGGCGCUGCACCAAGAAAGAGGACGCCUACUCCACGCGUACCCUCAUCGGUAACUGGAGCGAGGAGCGCCGCGAUCCCCGCAGCCUGGCGCAGCGCAAACCCCUGCCUUCACAGCACUCGCACUAUUUUGGCACAACAUAUUCUGCAUCGUAUGACACGGGAGGGAAAGCGGCGGAGAGGAGAGAGUUUAACAAAGAAGCACGCUCCUUCCCUGGGCACCAGCCGGAGCUGCAGACACCUCACCUCCCAAACUACUCCUGCUACCGGCUGAACUACACUGAUCCAGGGGGUCCAAACACAGCGAGGGAGCAGGAGAGAGCGCCGGGAGCACCCCCAACCUGACCCUGCUCUGGGACGCCUGCGUGCUUGCAUCUAUCGAGCACCACCGAGGCGGAAGUGUGCAGUUUAAUGAGCUGUGUGGGCGUGUCUCUUAACUCAUGGCAUGCAGCUCAGGUAAAACAAGGACACUUCUUUAAACAGUGAGACGGAUCUCUUUUGUAAAAGCUCUUUCCUUUUUUUAAUACAUUGUAUUCAAAUGUAACCCUUUUUGUUUGAGCUUAAUAAAAGGCAGUAGGAUCUCUCUCCGUCGAGAUGCAUGUGCAGGAAA